AUAUGAAGUUUCUGAAAUGGAAGCUGGUCUGGUCGCACUGGUGACACAUCGACCGCACGGAGCGACACUCCGCCCUCGACCUCGCCUUCAGCUUUCCGGCAGACUCCCAUCUGCUCCAUCCCAGCGCAACACCGGCAUCAUGUCCUAUCCACCAUCAGCCGGUAUGGUCGGCGGCGAUGCCAGCCUCGCCUUCCCUCAAGCAGACCUUCCACCCUACACCAACGAGGAUGCCGCCGCCCUUUUUCAUCCCGGAGCUGCACCCGUCACACCUCCUCAGGUGCCGGCUCUUAGAGCGCCCGUUUGUGUCCCGCAACAAGUUGCUGGAUGGGAUUCGCCCAUUGCACGGGUGUACUCGCCGGAACUGGCUGCUGCUGGAGUGGAUGUGAAGGACUGGAUGGAGUUUGUGGAUGCUAUCAAUAUUGCUUUGAUUGCAAGCCCACCGUUACGAGUCGUCGAUACAGCCGGUCUCAUUAUCGGCUUCGUCCCAGCACCCUGGGCAUUGAUCGCCGGCCCCAUCAUGCAAACCGUCGCCCAAACAGCCGCUCACGUCAUUUCCAAAACGCUCUCCGAUCGACUGAUCAGGAAAGCCAACACCGACUUCUUCAAUCCCCGUGGACUUGUCGUUCGGCUUUGCACGAACCGGGCGAUGAGGCAACUUGUCAAGAUUGAUGGGCCGGAGAAGAAACCGCCAAACCAAGCGUUGAUGGUGGCGAAGGCUUUGGGGAGAGGUGCCCAGAACUUUGCGUUGAGGUUGCCGAUUCCGUUCAUGGGAAGGAUUGUGGAGACGUUUGGAAAUCAGCCUCGGGUCGAUGCAUCGGAACCCGACGUCGUUAAACGCCACCUGUCCCACAUCGAGGGAUACGUGGCACCGGUGUCCUUCGACAACAUCCCUCCUCUUAAGACGCCAGAAUCGCUCAUGGACAAAACCUCAGAGCUUGCGGUGAAGAUCCGCACCUGGACAGCCGCAAGAACAGAGGGCAAGGACUCUGCCAAGCGUCGUCUGCUCGCUAUUCAAGAAGGGAAGAUGGCACCGUUACCUGCCGACGGACGUAAAGGCCGGCUAGCGGCACGUCGGGCUAGGAGGGGUCGCAAGCCGAGGAGGAAGACGAGGUUGAGGGUCGCUAAAAUUGAUCGGAUCGAGAAGAACAAUAGCAUUGGGUUGAUGUGGCUCGUGGUUAUGAACUUUGAUCAAGAUGCACAAAUUACAAACAGAGAGUUGGCGGACAACAACGACGACCAGGAUGUUAUCCGCAAUGAAGAAUUCGAGCAUGAAGCUCCCAUUCCUAUUGAUUCGUCAGACGAGGAUUCCGAGGAAGAUGAAGAACACGCUUAGCUGCGGUAAGCCACUUUUGGUUUGCGAGCGAGUAACAAUGGUAUGGCUUUGAGGACUUUGGGGCUCGGAAUUUUCGUUCGUAGUUAGGCAGAAAUCUGAGAAUUUGGCGUACUUCCAUAUAUCACCACCCUAUACAUAUAUCUCUUUCUCUUUCCAAUCGACGGUAGGAUCCGCAUGAUAGAAGGUUUGCUCAAGCACGUAUGCUCCCUCGUAUGUGCAGUUGUGAGCACGGAAAAGCUCCUCAAUGUGGAGUGUGUGUGCAGGUGGAGACG